AAUUGACUAGCUGAUUGUUCUUCGUAGUAUAUAGUAUAUUAGUAUAUAUUUGGUUAAAUUUUUGCAUUUUAAGAUGCAGUCAAACGGCAGAGGUGCGGAACACUUUCAGUUCAUACAACGAACCGAUCGAAAGAGUUUGUUCACACAGAUCGGGAUCUUAGUGAAGAAGGCGCAGGAUACGGCUGCCGAGGAGCUAAAUGAUCGGAGCAAGCGCGUCAAGUCACUGCUGGAGAAGGAGGAAAUGGUGUUUGAGAAGGAGUUUGCCAGCAAGGUGAGGAAUCGUCUCGACGAGGACAUUCGCGAGCGUCAGGAGCAACUGCAAGAGAUCAAGGAACAGAGCGACAAACGCCACAAGGAGUUUGUAAACAAAAAGCGAGUUCAGCAAGCUAUGGAAAACUGCUAUGAAAUACGCGAGGCGAUACGGCAAAAGGAGGAAAAGAAUACCAAAAUAUGUCUCGAAGAGCAGAUGAGGGAGAAUCUUCGCAAGCAGAGACGUGAAUGUGAGAGAGACAACUAUUGGUUGAGGCUGGAAGAGCGACGCUGGAAGGAAUAUGAUCGAUUGCAUAACUAUGAGAUGAAGAAACGUGAACAGGUGCAGGAACAGGUGUGUAAUGUACUCAAAGUGCAGUUGGCUGAGCACGAGGAGAAGCGACAAAAAGUGCUCGAAGAGAAGCGACUAGACACAAUCAAAGUGGAUAAAUUAAUUGAGGAACUGCGUCUCGAAGAGUUCGAUAAAAACCAUCAAAUGGCAAGCAAAGAUAAGGAGAAAUAUCGCAAUGAACUGCUCGAGGAAAUCAGACGACGCAAGUGCCAAGAACUUGCUCAAUGGCAAUCUGAUAAGGAUGAACAUGCGGCAUUCAUCAGGGAAACCCAGCGCCUCGAAGCGGAGGCCAAGGAACGCAUCCUGCAGAGCAAGGAGCAACUGCGUCGGGCCACACACGAAUACAUCGCCUAUGUGCGUCGCAUGCGUAGCCUAGAACUUGGCAUUGAGAAGAUGAUGAAUGAUCGCAUUGAUGAUCUUUGUCACGUUGAUGUUUGUUGCAAGAACAAUAUUGCCGAGAAGGCGCGCAUUAAGGGCAAGGAAGCGGCACGUUACUAUAGUCUCCUCAAGCAACAGAUUUGUGAGCAAAUCGAACGUCAAAUGCGGGAAGAAGCUGAGAUGCGGGAGAACAAGAUGCUGGAGAAUCGUUUUGUCCAUCCGGAAGUUACACGAGAAAUGAUACUCUGUAAUCAGCAGAAGAUUCGCAAUGAUUUGGAUGCCCAAAUUAUUGAAAUGAAACGCACACAGGCCGAAGACGAGUCACGCUUCGAACAGAAACUAAUGAAGGCUGUGAAUGAUCCAGAGAUUUGCAUUCAAUUAGCUGCUCAAUUUAUGCAAGAAGGCACCGACUAUCUUACUCCACAUCCGAAUUGGAAAAUCUACGCUUGUCCCAAGGACAAAUAUGUCGCCAAGCCUCCCAUGUCUCAAGCACAGUUCGAUAAACUCAUUGCCAAAGCCAGCUUGGAGAAAUGUCCCUGUCCUGAAGCCGCUCGCCGUGAUUGCGCCUAUAUGGCCAAACUCUGUAAGGAUGCUCCAUUCGUAGCUCCAACUAAAAAGCAGGAAGUUCCACCAGGAGAUGGUGUGCCUCAGAUCCAAAAGGAUGCAUUCAAAAGCUGCUACUGCAAAUAGAAAGCUACUCUUGGAUCAUUGGUUCACCUCAGUUAAAAUACGAGUUCAUGUUAAGAUUGUAGUUUGGUGCACUGCAUAUAGAAUUUAAUGAUUAUGUGAUUUUAAUUAGUCAGUUAUACCAGAAUUGGCAACAAAUAUAUGAAAUUCACAUUUAAA